CUAUGAGUCAUAUCGGAUUAAUAACUUCUAUGUUUCACGAGACUUGUUCGACAAUAGCCGUAGAAUAUCUUGAUAAAUCUCAUAAUCAUGGUUACAGCCUUCGAGAUGAAUUUAAUUAUUCUAUGGCUUGUCUGGAAUCCAGUGAAGCAUCCGGUUCUCAAACUAAUCCAAGUAUAUUGUUUUACAAGCCACAAGAUGCAUGGGCAUCAAAAAGCGAGUGGACGGUUGCACUUCCACAAGGGGAAGAUAUAACAGCCAUUGCUUUAUACUCUCAAGGAAUAAUUGCCGCGACAUCAAAAGAUGUAAUAAGGUUUUUCUCUCCUUUUGGUGUCCAAACAUAUAUUUUUGCCUGGACAUCUGUAGUUUGUAUGGUGGGGCACGAGGACUUCGUGCUUAUUGUUUAUCAUUCUGGUAUAGGUUAUAAAG